AUGGCUCCAAUAUCAGCCUGGCCAAUGCUACUCCUCCUGUUGGCAUUACUGGGGCCUUUGCCAGCCUCUGCCCAGAGAGAAAACCGUCACCAGAAGUUCCAGCGGCAGCACGUCGACUACCCGAAGACCAACCCUGACUUGGACGCCCGGCGCUAUUGCAACCUCAUGAUGCAGAGGAGAGGGAUGGCCAGCAAUGCCUGCAAGCCCACCAACACGUUCAUUCACGGGAACCCCGAGGACGUGGACGCCGUCUGCACCCACGGAGGCACCUACUCCAGCGAGAAUUACUACGACAGCAACACCCCCUUUGAGUCCACCUCCUGCCGCAUCACUGGGGGUUCCCAGAAGCCCCCCUGUAACUACAGAGGCCGAGCCACCUCCCAGCCCAUCCGAGUGGCAUGUGUCAACGGUGUGCCGGUUCACUUCAAAGGCACCCUGUAG